UGCAGCAGCAUCCUCUGCUGCGCGCUCCUGCCUGCGACAGCACAGCCGCGGUGUGGUCGCUCUGAACGCACGUUAACGGAAAGGAAAAAAACACUCCACACGUCGGGAAGGCCUCCGCCACACUCUACACCCUGUUGCAGUCACAGCGGCGUCGGAUAUAAGACACAGACACGCACGUUUUUCUGAUCCUAGUCGCUCUUUUUUUACAUUUAAAAGCCCUUUUAAAAGACAGUCCUCGUAAUGGCGACAGCUGCGGUGUCUGCCCCAACUGGCAGCGGCCCCAGCCCCGGGCCGGGAACGGAGCUGGUCCGCGGGCAGGCCUUCGACGUCGGGCCUCGGUACAGCAACCUCUCCUACAUCGGCGAAGGCGCCUACGGGAUGGUGUGCUCUGCCUACGACCGGGAGAACAAGAUACGCGUGGCCAUCAAGAAGAUCAGCCCCUUUGAGCACCAGACCUACUGCCAGCGCACCCUGAGAGAGAUCAAAAUCCUUCUGCGCUUCAAGCACGAGAACAUUAUCGGAAUCAACGACAUUAUCCGUGCACCGACCAUCGAGCAGAUGAAGGAUGUAUAUAUUGUCCAGGAUCUAAUGGAAACAGAUCUGUACAAGCUCCUGAAGACUCAACACCUGAGCAAUGACCACAUCUGCUACUUCCUCUACCAGAUCCUGCGAGGGCUCAAGUAUAUCCACUCUGCCAACGUACUACACCGUGACCUGAAGCCUUCCAACCUUCUGCUCAAUACCACCUGUGAUCUCAAGAUCUGUGACUUUGGUUUGGCUCGUGUGGCUGAUCCCGACCACGAUCACACUGGUUUCCUCACAGAGUACGUUGCCACUCGUUGGUACCGAGCUCCUGAGAUCAUGCUCAACUCAAAGGGCUACACCAAGUCCAUAGACAUCUGGUCAGUGGGUUGCAUCCUGGCUGAGAUGCUGUCCAACAGGCCAAUCUUUCCGGGGAAGCAUUACUUGGAUCAGCUUAACCAUAUUUUGGGAAUUCUGGGUUCUCCCUCACAGGAGGAUCUCAACUGCAUCAUCAACAUUAAAGCCAGGAACUAUCUCUUGUCACUGCCUUUGCGCUGCAAAGUGCCGUGGAACCGUCUCUUUCCCAACGCUGAUCCAAAAGCUCUGGACCUGCUGGACAAGAUGUUGACCUUUAACCCUCACAAGAGGAUCGAGGUGGAGGAGGCGCUGGCACACCCCUACCUGGAACAAUACUACGACCCCACAGAUGAGCCUGUUGCCGAGGCCCCAUUUAAGUUUGACAUGGAGCUAGAUGACCUACCCAAAGAGACGCUGAAGGAGCUCAUCUUUCAAGAAACUGCACGUUUCCAGCCCAGCUUUAGGUCCUAACAUCCCACACAGAUGAUUCUGCGGACUGGCUCCUGCGUUGCCACUGCUCCUCCCCGCCUCCACACUGUUGCUGUGAUAUUUUAUUAUUCAUUUUUAUUUUUUUUAAUUUUUUUUAGUUUGGGUUUGUUUUUGUUUGAAUGCUCCUCUGCCGAUGUCCACAUCUCCUGGAUUCCUUGGGUCUCACUCGUCAAAUCCACUUUGCUCAGGAAUGGCGUCAGGAAUCAAUCAAUCAGAUCAUCCUCCGUUUUGCUUUCUUUUUCUCUCGUUCUCUCUCGGAGGUGAGGACAGGUGAGGGGAGGGCGGGGUCACAUCACAGCUUACAGGGGUGGUCGGGGUUGUGUGUUUUAAGCCAAGUUAAGCAUUUUUUUUCUACCUGUGUGUCUCAAACAACAGGGGUUGGGGGGGGGGGAGUUACUAUUCAAGACCUUUAAUGUCCAGUUGAAUGAUGGUCAUAGACUAGCUGCUCUUUUCUCUGCCUUCAUUGCACAAACAACAGAGGGUUACAUCUAAGGAUCAUUGAUCGGAGGAGUUUUCUAAUGCUCGUCGCAGUGUUACAGGGGAUGCAGUCUAUGUUUUUCUUCUAUUUAGAAAAAAAUCCAAAUUUAACAACCAGAUUUAUGCAAUGAAAUCACUGAAUCAGCCAGAGGGUCUGCAGGCAACAAGCCAUCAGUCAGUGAGGACCUAUGUUUUAUCAAACGCUGUAUUUUAAUUAACACACACAAGGCCCGAAUGCAAAUGUAUACCUAUAAAGACAUAUAUAAAUAUAUGGCCUAAAGAGUCUUAAGAUAUUUUAAAGGUGAGAAUUAGGAUUUCCUGUCUCAUCAGCUGGAGGAGGAAAGUGUCCACCUUAGCUGUGAGGAAUUUCCCACACGUCUGUAUGUACAGGGUGGUGUUUUUCAUGGUGGGUUGGGGGAGCUUUACCGCAUCAGGACAAGAAUUCAGUUACCGCUCAGCGCUUGUUUUGUCUGGAGGAAAUGUUGUUGUGCCUCCCCGUUUCUUUGUCUUCUUCUCUUCUUCUUUGUGAGUUUCUGUUGAUCUCUCUCUGUCUCUCUCUCUCUCGCCUUGUUAGAAUAAAACUGUGCCCUUUGCAUGACUGUUAAAAGCUCUGUAUACAAAGACGACGAUGUUAAGUGCCACACAAACCGGGCGGAUCUGCCGGGAGAGCGCCCAGGCUCUGUCCGUUCUAUCUUUUGUGGUAUAUCACACUUUACACACUCACGGUGCUUUUUGUCCUCUUUCUUUCUGUCGCUUUCACAACCUCUCUGUCCAUUUUUCUUCUGUCUUGUUUUUUCUUUAUUUCUUCAGAUUUCAACUUUUUGUUUCUUGAAUAAACUCCAUCUGCAUGCUGUGAGACAUCUUGUUGUGGUUGCAAAUAGGAGAAUAACCAUAUAACUGUAUUUAUGCCAAACACACACACACACACACACACACACACACACACACACACACACACGUACGUUUCCUGAACCUGACAAAUGGGAUCCAGGCAUUAUAAAGUUAGAAAUUAUACUCAGAUAUAACAGAUCAUGUUUGUUUUGUUGUGGGGUUUUGUUUUUGUUUUGUUUUUUUGCUUUAAAUUGCACAUUUUAACGCUGAUAGCCGUUAGCAGUGUCAGCGCCAGCAGCUGACUGCAGUAAAACUAAAAAAACAAAAAGAAAUGCAGCAGAAGUCAAGACCAUAAUUCCACUUUUUGUCAGUAACUGCUGAUUAAAGACUGUUGAAUUUGAAGGUUUUAUUUCAAGUGAGAGGAGCUUAAAAAUAACACAUAUAUCUGUGUGUGUGUGUGUGUGUGUGUGGGUGUGUGUGUGUGUGUGUGUGGGUGUGGAUUUGGAAACUUUUGGGGAGCAAAAGCGGGAUGAAAUCCCCAAAGCUUCAGCUUGUUUAAAUCUAUUCGGCUUUAAUGGCACACCUGACCUUAGGUUGGGUUGCAGAACUGCAUAUUCAAAUUGAAACCUCUUGGUAAGGUGUGCAUGACUCGUGUUAGUUACGAUAUUAAAACAUUUCAGAGUACAUCAAAUUUAAAAUCUACCUGAAUGGAUUCUUCAAGAAUCUGACUCUGCUGCACUUAAAGUACAAAAUUGAAAUCUUUUAUUAAAAGAUUUUUCCUUUUUCCCCUGCAUGUGGUCAGUCGCAGAGGUAAACUCAUGAUUUUUAUGUUUCUCUGAGGAGACGAGCCAAGUUUAAGUCGUUUUAAAGUUGAUCUCCCCGAGGGCGGAGCUGCUCUGGUCGAUAAUAAAUCACAGAGCCAAAGAACCUCAGUUUUACUUUUUUAGUUCUGACCUAAAUGACAUUAGACUGAAGCUGAGCGGAGCCACGACAGGACGCCGGAGCUCUGCUGAGAUGCACUCAAGCCAUAAUCGGUCAGCCAGCCAGCCCAUUGCACCUCUGACCACUCCCAACUGUGAUGUCACGGCGUACUGACACCUCCCUCGAGUACACGUCAACAUCACUGCAGCCACGUGAUGUUACGCCAAUGAAAGUGGCAAAAACGAGCGUUAAGACUCGAGAUUAACGCGCUGACUUAAGACGAAAGCAAAUGUUUUCUGGGUCUGCUGAGUUUUCUGGAAAGAACAUGUAACUUUGCACAAACUGACGGAUAAUUGGAGUCGUCUUUAGAGCGAACCGUUCAUUGAGAAGCAAAGAUGGCAAAUUGAGAAUAACGAGAAUCCAUGAAUGGACACAAGCUUCAGGUAGUAAAUGAAGUGAUGCAGUUUUAAAGGUACUUUCUGCAGUGACCCUCUGCAGAGUUUAAUGAACUUUUACCACUAGGGGCAGUGUUACCCAUCGAUGUGUUCAGAUAGUUCCAGAUAUGUGCCCCUUUUCUUGUAAAUUUAGUUUUAGCCCUGCCCUUUUCCCUAGGGGCCGGUUCGCGACCUCCUGUCAGUGUCUGUUUAGAUCACGUUUUUUACUGGCUGGGUUGCUGAGAGCUGCAAAGAGGGCGAUGCAGUCACCUGUAAUUUGUCAGGGAGAUGCUGACUAAUCAGCCAAAACUUGGAAAAAACAGCCACUGAGUAAGUUAGUAACUUGGUCUCAUUGUCACAGGUGUUUGCAGACGAGUCGGCAUGUUUCUUGCAAACUACGGGACUUGCCUGUCACAAGGUCUGAAACUACUUUGACUUAAUAACAGCACGCAGCUUCCUGCAGCCUCUCACCAACCAUUGUUCUACCACAGCAUUACUCAUCAGUCGACCUUACAGCAGCCGCUCAAAAUCGUAACCUGAUGAGCUGCGGAUGCUCUAAGCCUGUGUGACUGAGGCCCUUAAGCUCACCUGGUUUCAUUGCGCCAUCUUGUGGUAUAAACUCAGAUGGCAGUACAGCUGGCCCCCAGUUCAGUUUCUGCUGAUAUUGCAUAAUCACGAUAGGAAGGUGUUCUGAACGUGAAGUCAAAGAAGCUGAUUCUUCAUUCUGCUGACAAAAAGUACCUUUCAACACGUUUUUCCACCAAGACAAACUUUAUUGUAGUUUUUAAAACAAAAUCAAACAAAUCAGCAUCAGAGAAAAAAAAGAAAAAUCCACAUAAAGAGGACACACCUCAAACCUUGACUGCUUUACAGAAGAGAGUAAAACUUUGUGACUUUCAAAAGUUCAAAAAAAAAAAAAAAGGUCCAGCUGAACACAUUUCCCCAGUGAUCAGGGUAAAACUGCGUGGUCUUUCGGUAAACUCACAGACCUGUACAAAUAAAGUUUGCUUUGUAAAUGUAUACUUUAAUCUUUUGGAUCAGAUUUCCCUCUUUGCUAACAUCUGAAAAAAGAUUAUUUUUGGUUCAGUUUGCAGAGAUUUAACUAAAAAAAUAUAGUUCAUGACCAAAACUCUGAUGCAGAAAUGACAGUUUUUGCACUCAAAUUAAAAGACGCUGAGAUUCGUCUGUCCCAGUGCUCCAGCGCUCGCUGCAUACACCCGUCUGUCACACGAUUAUUAAAUGCACUUGCUUCUACAGUACUUGGGAUGGGACUUGUAAUCCGAGGUGCCUGCCGGGACUUGACUCGCCUGUAGAUAGCCUUUUUUGGGGGGCGGGGGGGUUAGCGAGAACAUUAAGGGCACUGGAAAUCUUACUGGGAUUAGUUGUAUAAAACAAAAAAAAGCUUCUGCUGAGUUCUUUGUGCAACCUGUCUGUUUGUGCCUUUUUUGAUAGUCUUGAUAUCUGAGAUUUGAUGUGCAGCUUUCGUUCAGUCGGGAAUCCGUUGUAAUUGCAGUAUAUGCGCUUAAAAUGAAUACAAUCAAGUCUGGGGGGUGGGAGGGGUUCGGGGGUUAUCCUUUCAUUUCAUUUCUGUAAAUUUUAAAGAGAUUUGUUGCCACAGCUGUGUGAUUUGUGACUGUAUUGAAAAGAUGAAAAGCAAACAUUUUAUUUUUUUGCGUAACACUUUUUUGAGAUUUUUUUUUCCUUUUUGGGGGGGGGGAUGUUUUUGUGCAGAUAUUUUUAUUGUAAAAUGAAUGUUAUGUUUCUAUCAGACACUAAUCUUGUUUGAGUUGUCUCCAGUGGAACUACUUCACUCUGUAUGUUUUGAUCAGUAUAAACCUUUAAUUGUGUAGUUAACAUUUCUGAAAGGAAAAUAAAUAAAUAAAUAAAUAAGAUCCUUGGUUGUAUUUUUAAGGGUUUCUCUUCAACCUGCCAUAGAAAUUGUUCUGAAUUGAUUGGUCAGUUUUAUUUUGCUGUCGUGUGAAGGAUUUGACUUGAACGAAGCGUUCACUAUUAUUAAAGACUGACUGCUACUUUGAAA